AUGUGAAAUCUUUCCAAGGGUGUGGCUGUGUUCAUCUUAUUCUCCAGCCCAAGUAGAACAGAGGAGAAGCGUGAGAAGGACAGACACAUUCAACAGCCAGAGGCCACGGAGGACAGAGCUCAGUGCUGUAGACAAUAUGCUGUUCUUUGGGCAGAAGGCCUUGCUGCUUGUCAUGGCACUCAGCAUCCCCUCUGACUGGCUACCCCUCAGGGUCAGUGGUCAACGAGGAGAUGAUGUGCUUGAGACAUUCACAGACGACCCUAAUCUGGUGAACGACCCUUCUACAGACGAUACAGUUCUGGCUGAUAUCACACCUUCCACAGAUGACCUGGCCUCAGCUGGAGACAAAAAUACUACUGCAGAGUGCCGGGUUGAGAAGUUCGCUUGUACAAGACUGUAUUCUGUCCAUCGGCCAGUCAGACAGUGUGUGCACCAGGCCUGCUUCACCAGUUUACGGCGCAUGUACAUCAUCAAUAAUGAGAUCUGUUCCCGGCUUGUCUGUAAAGAACAUGAAGCUAUGAAAGACGAGCUUUGCCGGCAGAUGGCAGGCCUGCCUCCAAGGCGACUCCGCCGCUCCAACUACUUCCGACUUCCUCCCUGUGAAAAUAUGAAUUUGCAGAGACCUGAUGGUCUGUGAUCACCAUGGAAGAAUGAAGAAAGUGUGGAUGAGGGAAUCAGAAAUUCCUUCUCCUCCAACCGCUGUCGUCUGUCCCAUGGAAACGUAUUUUUAAACUAAGCCCUUUGCAAUGUCCCGGCUUCCUACCCUACUCUGUAAUUUUCACCAGAACUGGUCUUAUUUUGCAGUAUUGACAAUACAAUGUCUAUAUUGUUGUA